GAACACUGAAUUCGUCUCCUACGUUCUCAUAUCAAAUUCGGGUCGACAAAAUCGCCUCAGCAGAACUUGAAAAUGGCUAGUAUUUUACUGAUAAAGAUCGUCGUCGUUUCUCUACUUGUUUUUGCCUUGGAAACAUCAAGUGUGGCGGGAGUUACAAAGUUUGGUGAAUGCAACGGGCUUAGACUCGAAAAUACGGCUUCCGGAAUUUCUCCAAGUAAAUGUGUUCAAUUGGGUGGAACAUGCUGCGAUUUGGGCAGUUAUAUGACUAACGAACCAAAAGCAAUGAAGGCAACUGAAAAGUGUCUAACAUGUUACAAAUCGAGUGUCAAGGUGAAAUGCACUGGAACAUUAAUUCGAUCUAAGCCUUGGAAUUGGGGCACCGAUGCCAACACAUGGGUUACGGCUAAAACCUGCAUUGCCCAGAAGGGCCAGUGCUGCACAGGUUAUAACAAACCCUUCAACCCGAAAAGUACUCCAAAUGAAUUUUCCUGCAAUAAUUGCUAUUCUGGUACACCGACAAGCACUGGGUGCAGUGGUAAACUUCUGUCCUCUAUUGAUUUCACACCAAAAGUCUGUGUUCAGCUGGGAGGACAUUGCUGUGAUGGAGACUGGCAAGGCACCACAGAGGGUUCAGCUUUUUGCACUUCGGCAAUUUUUAAUUCUGCACUUCUGAAAAAUUGCAAUCUCUGUUACAGUGGAUCUCCAAAGGUUGUUGUCUAGAAGUAAAAACGAAUUUAAAAUUAAAUGAAUGUUUAAUUUGAAACGAACUCUGAAAGACUUUAUAUACAGCAAAUAAAAUGUUGAAGCAAU